ACUCUUCAAAAAGCUGAUAACAAUCAUCUGCAAAAUGCUGAUAACAAUCAUCUGCAAAAUGCUGAUAACAAUCAUCUGCAAAUCGUGUCUCUGCAAAUCCAGCGCAGAAGGCCUCAUUUCGACCAUCAAUGAACUCCUAUCCAUUAUCCAAGAGAUCAACUCCUCCGGCGUCGAACUUCCUCCAAUUUGGCAGGUGCAGCUCGACCGCUUCUCCGAGACGCUGCACGAUGGCCUCGAGUUAUGUAAUGAAGUCCUCUCCUCUGCUUGGUGGAACGUUUGUAAGAAUUUCCAGCUUGCCAGGAAGAUGAAGAAAUUGGAGGAGAAGGUUGCGAGAUUUCCUAAUGGUGCCAUGCAGGCGCACGGGCUUGCCGAUGUUCUCCACAUGAGGUUCGAGACAGCCCAGAGAUUCGAACGGCUGGAGCAGAGACUUGGGUCAAUUUGCCUCCUCAUGAUGAUCUUCCUGCAAGGCAGGGACGGGCUACCAUAGGACGAUUUUGUCUGCUGUAUCACCGGGAUACAGCAGACGUGGAAUCCCAAUCCAAUGAGAAAACACCACAUCAAUUUUCUUUUAGGUUUGUGAUUGAUGAAGUGUGAAAAAAUUGUUGAUGUGGUG